AAUACAGUCCUGGCAAAGAAGAUCGCGACGCUGCAGCUUCGUCUCGCACCGCUCGUGCCUCUCCCAGAAGGCCCACCACAUCCGGACUUCCCAAAGACGCUGAUGGCCUUCCAUCUGCUCACGGAAGACCAGCUCGACAGCAUCGCGCACUAUUACCAUCAAUCCACCCCGCACCGCUUCACCCAUCACUAUCCGGCGACCAUGAAUUGGGACAAAGACCAAGCAGACGACAUUCAAGGUAGCAGCCGCAAUCCGUACGCCAAUCUCAGUGACAAAGAGCGCAUACGCAUCAAGAGGAGGAAAGUAGGCAAAUUCAUCGGGCUGGUGGGCAUGGAGACACCGAUUGAGGAAGUCACGGGUCGCGUUCAGGCGAGCAUCGAUCGAGCUGUAGAGCGCAGCAGAGAAGAACUGCGGCGG